CUUUCAAAAGAUUUCUGGGAGAGUCUUGUUGGGGAGUAUUUCACUGCAAAAGCAGUAUUCAAAUUCACACUUUGGAAAGACAACGCGCAGACAGAAGCCAAACCAUUCGACAUCACGAUGCCGAUCCUUCAUAGAUUCUUCCUCGUCACGGCUCAAUCUGGUGUAUCGUCGAUGUCUUUUAACUUUGAGGGUGCAAAGGAACGAAUGGGACCGACGGCGUAUACUCUGUACGUCGAGAGUCUAACUGCGUCAUGGACGUUUUACUAUUUGAAUGGGUAUAUCGUGACGCUACGUGGACCGUUUAACGCUACGGUCGUAAUAGUUCCGAAUCCUCCGGCUAUACCACCACCUCCAACAGGAGCGAACGGUGCACAACCACAACCACAACCGCCCCAUAUGCCAUAUACGUUGAAGAUCGACACGAUUUCGUUCGAUGCGCAGAAGCAUGAGAAGGCUUUGCGGGUAGAGUGUAUUCAUGGGAGGAGGAGUGAUCCUGUGCAGAGGACGCCGAAGAUGAUGAUGAAGAUGGAGAGUAGUCCUGCUGGGUCCUCUACUUCGACGAUUGCGAGUGCGAGUGGUGCGGAGGGUGGGGUUGGGGGUACGCCGGCGUUUGAGGAUGAGAAAGCUGGUGCUGGAGGAGGGGGGGAUAUGGUUGUGCAUUUUGAGAGGGCGACGAUACCGUCCGAGCCUGUGAAUGCGUUUGGGAUACCGCAGGCUACGAUGAGGUGUUUAGAGGCAAGUUUACGAAUCUUUAACCUUACCCUACAGUCUGUAUACUAA